CUCGGAGCCUCGCGGAAUACGGUCAUACCUCCGCUCGCUCACUACUUCCCAGAGCCUCAUCAACUACAGUAUCUCGUUUGGGAUUUUUGAGUGUGUUUGUGUGACAGAAAAGAGCAACACGCUUCGAAACAAGACAUCGUUGAAGGAGAUUUUCGCUUUGUUUCAUCCACGCAGCGACAGUUACCGCGCCUUCACACCUCAAGCUACUGUAUCGGCCUAAAUCCUUUUUUUCGAUUCACGCAUCCCCACAAGGAUCUUGGAUAAAAAGGGUUACCGCAGAAGACAAACAGUACUCUAAAGUGAACCUGAAUUGUGCAAAAACACCCGCGAGUGUAGGGAUUUAAACGGAAAAACUCUUGGAAACCGGACCUUGCCUCCCACGACCUAGCAUCGAUCGGCCCCCGUACAGAUUUUUUGUACUUCGGCCUCCCCCUGACCCCACCGAGUUCGUCCGGUCCGACCCCGCCGACCUCGCGAGACGUCGGGCCACUGAGGAAGUCCCUCCAGAACCUAAUCAAGUGUUCAGGGCGGAACCGGUGACUUCAAGAGCACCAUGAUUGCCACUGACAUCAGAAGGGAGUCCCUUAAGGCCACAAAGAGUGUCUUGGGCUCUUUGAACUCGGCCAUUGCUGACUCCAUCGCGCACGGCAAACGAAGUGACAUGCGCCUCCGCCUGGGCUGGCUUCGGCGUCGCGGUGAAACUCAAUGCAGCGUCAGACCACAGCCAGAAGAAGCACAGAGCUGGGCUGAGAGCUUCCAUAACCUGAUGGCUUCAAAGUACGGACAGGCACUGUUCAAGGCCUUCCUCCAGAGGGAAUUUAGCGAAGAGAACGUCGAAUUCUGGAUGGCCGUCGAAGACUUCAAGAAGACCCGCAGCGCCAAGAUGUCUUCGAAGGCUUUCAAAAUUCACUCAGACUACGUCGCGGUCCAGGCGCCUAAGGAGAUCAACCUGGACCCAGCCACUCGCGCCCAGAUCGCCAAGAACCUCGAGUGCCCCGACAAGUACAUCUUCGACGCCGCGCAGAAGAGAGUGCAGGCGCUGAUGGAGUCGGACGCCUACAUCCGCUUCCUGCAGUCGGAACUGUACAAGGAGCUGCUCCACCCGGAGUCCUCCACGCCCUCCAACGCCGACACGUUAUAGGACCCCUGUUGCAUGUCGGUUGCGAGCUCGACCAUGCAUUUGUAGCCCCAGCCCGUGCAAGUGGCUGGAGCUUUGGGACCAGCUGAGGCCUCAGCGAUAACAGCGCUAGCAGCAAGAGUGCCACCUGGAGUGCCACUUGGAGUGCCACCCGCAGCGACGGCGAGGCUCCUGCGAGGAGUGUCAGUGCCGCCUCUCUCUCGCCUGGCCACGGAAGGCCACGUUGUUCGUGUUGGUGGCCCCGUGCCCCCUGGCCACCGCGGGAGCAAAGGCCGGGCUAUUGCUCGGGCUCCUUGAUUCGAGUCCUUCGUUGUUGCCCUUUCGAGAGGCGGCGGCGGGGCGUCUGCGCUGCCGUCGGCUGCAGGAAAUAUGGGGAUAUUUAUAUAUAUUUAUUAAAAGGUGAUAUACAUAUAGACAUACAUUAUAUUUAAGGUAUAUUUGUAUUUAAGAAACUAUAUAAAACGGAGAAUCUUCAUUGCAAAGAGAUUUUGUCAGUUUUCCUGCAUACUUAUUGUUAUUAUUCCGGUGUGAGUCAGUUGUGACUUGUGUUUGGUCAAGUAAAUCAGGUGUUCCCCCUUUCCCCCACCCCCCCCUUCAAUACUCCCGACGUAGCAGAUGCUCGCCACCCCCCCCCCCCCUCAGACAUACAGAUGCACGAGUUACGUGUUGAUGUCUCUCCCUCUCCCAAACCCCCCACCCCCUACCACGAGGCCGCCCCCUCCCCUCUCCCCAUCCUGAUCUCCCCCAUACCCCCCCAAAGGCGGCCGUCCUGACUGUGAUACCCCCUUCCCGGCUGCCCGCCCCUCCCUCCCCCCUCAAGUGAUUGCGUGCUCGGGCCUGGGUCAGUGCACGUAGCUAGUCAAGGCCGGGGAUCUCUCGAGGUCGACCUUGGAGUCCCUCGAGGGUCAUUCCCGGCCGACCCAGCGCUGCCAGACCAAGAGGGACGCCGUUCCCGUCUGAAGCCCUGUUAAGCGCCACCCUUCUGUACCAAAGACGUUUUUCUAUACUUAAAAGAAUGAUGAUUUCAAAAAAUGGUUCUAAAAACGAAAUAAAAAAUAUAAUAUCUAUAUAUAUAUAUAUAUAUAUAUAUAUAUAUAUAUAUAUAUAUAUAUAUGUAUGUAUGUAUACAUAGUGUGCAUCGGUAAGCUUAUACCAAGCUGUCGAAGUUGUAAUAUAUUUCUUAUCAUGUUCUUUUGUAGUAGAAUGCAUCCUUGUAGAAAUACAAGACUGAUUACCGUAUGCGACUUUUUCCGCAUGCUUUCUGUACGGCCUUUCGUUCAUUUCAUCGGUCGUUUGAUGUCGCGGACCCAGCUGGCUGUCAGACAACCAGCUGGCGUCAGAGGGCUGGAGGUGACCUGUCCUGGUGACCCGAUAUCUCUUCCAGGUCUCGGAUGCAGGUCACGAGAGGUCGCCCUUGCAAUGGUGAUACAAUGUUAACCCGGUCGACAUGUCAAUACAGAAGCUUAAUUUAUUGAUUAAGUUAUUGAUAUUGUUAGCAUGUAAGAUGGACGCUGUGCUCCCGCCGAUGGGGUUGUGAGGGAGGGGCGGGGGGGGAGGGAUGGGAGGGGGUCGCAGCUACCCCUACCCCCCAUCGUCUCUCUCUUGGCCCUUCCCGAACCUCAGGCUAUGGUAAUGAUUAAUGUUGCCAAUUAUUAUUAUAUACAAAACAUUCCAAUAUGAUUAAAAAAGGAGGUCUUAUGAACCCAUAUUUGCUAUAUACAAUAUUUCAUUUACACGCCAUCCAAUUUUUCCUUAAUGUGUAUACCCAUACACAUCCCCUCCCCCCCCCCCCCCACCUAGUACCAAAAUCUCCGCCUAAAAAAAAAAAAGAAAGGAGAUGAACCAAUUGAACGUAUAUUUAAUUGAUACAUAAUCUCCCCAUUUCUUUAUUUCAAUUUUGGUAUAUAUAAAAAAAACCUUCCGGUAGUGAAUGAAAACGAAAAGAAUGAUUCCUUAGCCAAUAUAAAACCACUGUGUCACCCGUGAUAUCCAAAAAUGGAAGAAAAAAGAUGCCAGAUUUGCUGUUCUCAUCUUGUACGACAACUUCAAGACCUCUUGUAGAUAGUAAAUGUUCUUGUACAAAAAUACAAAAACUUGUGCAUUAUUGACGAGUCUAUAGUUUACUUAAUAAAGACUUACCGAUAAUA